AUGCCACUGAAUAAGCUUUUUGCUCUGGUUCUGAAAGCUGAUAAAGAGGUAAAGGAAGCUGAAAGCUGCGUUUUGUAUGAUCCAGGAGAAGAAGAAAUGAAAGCAGUCAGGCAAUACCCUGCCUUUAUGAAGGCAUAUUUCCCUCCAGACAGCAAGCAGAGCUUGAAACUUCCUUCCUCGUUCACAUCAUUUCUGAAAAGCUCACUGCCAGACAAGGUUUUUCUCAAGAAUCAUUAUGAUGAUAAGAGAAUUUGGGCUGUGGAGGUAGCCAAAAUUGAAAAUGAUCUCUUUUUCCAAGCUGGCUGGUCACAGUUUCUUGCAGAAAAUUGCUUGGAGUUUGGAGACCUUCUAGUUUUUCAAUACAAUGGGGGUCAGGAGUUUGAUUUCAAAAUACUGGGAAAAACUGCAGACAAGAGGGAGGUAAUUUAUGCCUUUGACUUCAGUUCAGAAGAGCAGCAGGAAGAAGAGUAUCCGCAAGAAAUGGAAAGUGAGAAUAGGAGCAGGAGAGGUGCUGUUGGAUUGAAGAGUAAGAGCAAUUCUGACAGUGGUAGACAGGAAGAGUUUGAAGAGGUAUCUUCCAAAAAGAAACAAAAGAGAGAUUUCCGGGGUUCUGCUGCACGAAAGAGAAGUCUCCAACGAAGAGAAAUCUCUGAGAACAAGGCUGGCAGAUCAAUCAAAGCCUGUGGGAAAGGUGUCCAUUUCAUUGAUAACACUGCUGAUGCGGAAAGAGAUGAUCGGCCUAUAACUCCAUGUUUUGUGGCAAAAGUUGAUGAAAAGAGGUCAAAUCUAGUGCAUGUUCCAAAAGAUCUGGUUACGGCCUGUGGUAUUUAUCCUGAACAAACUAUGACCAUCCUUGAUCCUGGUGGGAACAAAUGGACCACAAAAGUUAAGCAGUGGCAAGAUGGACGAUUUAUCAUGGCUGGAAGCUGGAAAUUUCUGUUCAUAAGGAAUGGUAUGCGCCAUAAGGACUCCUUCCUUUGUGAGUUUGUUCAAGGUGCAGAUCCAAGUGAAGCUUUGAUUAAAGUUUAUCCUCAUCGGAAAAAAUGA